UUUGCUGACGACCCAAAAUAUCCUGCAAAAAAUCAACUGAUGUUGCCCCCUCUCAAACUCUAGGUUUUUCCAUAGCCAUACCUUAAUCCCGCGAAAUUCAGAUCACAUCCCCCCUAAACCCAAUAUUUCAUUCAAAUUCUCGUCAAUUUAGGGUUCUUUUGUUGAUAUUAUUGGUGUAAAGUUUGUUUUUUGGGUGUGUUAUUGAUGAUGGCGGGAGUGGGAGAAAAAGAAGUCGAGGAGUACGAGAGCGAUCCGGAGGAAGCAAAGAUGUCGUUGAAGAUGAGGAGGAGAGAGGCAAGUAGUGAUGAUGAAGAAGAGAGCGAAAAGACAGAAAUGCCCUCAAGGAGGAUUGACGACUCUGAUGACGAUUCAGAGGAAGGACAAGGCGCUGCUGCUGAAUACGACUAGGAAGACGAAUUAGAAGAAGAAGAAGAGUAUGUGGAGGAAGAGGAAGUUUAUGAUGAAGGUAGUGUGAGUAAUGAAGAAAGUGCUGUUGAAGCAGAGGCAAUAUUAGGUGAGGAGGAUGAAGUAGUAAAGGAAGUAGUGAGGGAAUUGAAUUCGGGGAUGGAUGAUGGCGAUGGCGAUGGCGUUGUCCCGGGAGAGGCUAAUAAACCGAAUGAACCCUAUUCUGUUCCCACUGCCGGUGCUUUCUACAUGCACGAUGAUAGGUUUCGAGACAAUGCUGCAGCUGCCCCACACAGGCGUACAUUUGGUGGAAGAAAAUUAUGGGAAUCCAAAGAUGAUUGGAAAUGGGGGCAUGACAAGUUUGAAGAGUUGACCAUGGAGGAGAGGCAUUAUGGAGAGGGUAGAAGGACUUCAAGGGGUCGGUAUCGAGGUCGUGGUAGAACUCGAGGGGCUGAACGUGGAACUUCACGGGGAAGAAGACCAGCCACAUACAUCAACGAUUAUAAUCAGAGUACCGAUAAUAACCAGAAGAUUCAGAACAAUGCAUCAAAAGGUGUGCGAGGUCGUGGGCCAAGCAGGUAUCGACCAUUAUCUAAGGAAAACAUUGAUGCUCCUCCACUGAACAAGCGAUCUGGUCAGUCAGUUGAGAAACUUUCUCAUAAUAGCAAUGGCAAAGCAUCUGCUCCUGUAUCAAAUUUCGAAAAUGAAGGAAUUACAUCUGCGAAGCAAGGCUUUAUAUCAAGCUUGAAUUAUGCUUCUCCUCCAUUUUACCCCUCUGGUCCUUCGACUACAGAAAUUACAGUGACACACAAGAGGGAAUUGCAAACCGGGACAAGCAGCCACCGUGCACAGCCUUCUCUUUUGGGCGGAAGUUCUGCUGCUGCACAAUCAACUGCGAUGUUGCGGGGGAAGGAUGUGAGUGGCUCUAGCGGCAUAGACAAAUAUAAAGUUGAUGGUCCUAUUUCUACAGUUUCUGGGAAGCUUCCAUCCAGCUUACAUAUGCCUCCUGGUUCCUCAUCAGUAAAUUCUAAGCAGUCUCAGCCAUUGAGAGGCCAAGGAAGAGGAUUUAAUACAUUGCCACAUAUGAAUUACCAAUACCCUGUACCCAAUAACCAAGGUAGCAGAGUUACUCAGCCAACCAAGGUCCACUCCACUCAGCGAAAUUCUGCUCAAAGUCGAGGACAGCCUUCUUUGCAAGUUAUCCAGCAGCUUGUGCAGCAAUCUGGUACUGGAUCUCAAUCUUCUCCCCUGAAAACAGGACAAACUAUGAAUACCUUUCAUGGAGAGCUCGAGUCUUCUUCGGAGUCGGGUAAAUCAAAGAGUGCUAUUGUUGCAAAAGGAAAAGGAAGUCUUCAGGGCACUGGAAGGGGAUCAGCUCUCUAUGGCGGAACACCACUAGUUAUGGGCACACCUGGAAGCAUGGGUAGUGGUCACGUUGAUCAGAACUUAUCUGCAACUCCACCGUAUUUGCCAGUCAUGCAAUUUGGGGGCCAGCAACCUGGUGGCAUGAGGGUUCCUGCUGUUGGCAUGGCCUUCCCUGGAUAUGUUGGCCAGAACUCCGAUAUGACAUGGUUGCCAGUUCUAGCUGGGGCUGCAGGAGCAUUGGGCGCAACAUACUGUUCACCAUAUUUUGCUUUUGAUGGUGGUUAUCAUGCUCGACCAUCUGGUGGGCAGAUAUCAUCUCUUACUGCUGCUCCAAGCAAAGAGGAUAGCGCCAGUAAACCAAACCAUGAAAGGAAGCUUGAACAGAAGAAUGAGCUAACUAAUGAUAAUCCCGGACAGCGACAGAAGAACCCUCGCAGAUAUACAGAGAUGAAGUUUGACCAAUGAGCCAAAGAGUAAUAAGCAGAUUAAGAUCAUGAUCUAUUGUCAUUACCGCACUUCUCAGGUGUUGCAAAUGUCCAAGUAAAACUUGUGGUGUUGCAGCCUUUACCCAGGCCCUCUGUUAACUCCAAUUGUUGAUCUGGAGUAUCUGGGGUUCUCAUAUAUGGUAAAGCUGCAGAACCUAUGUUCAUAGUUGGAGUUUGCAAUAGCCAAUCGCAGGUUAACAUAACUAACGCCUGCUCAUGCUGCUUCACUUUCAGAGAUACACUGCAGCUUGACAGGUGGCAGUUAUCUGUUUGAAUAUAUGGUUCUUGUGGCUUGGGUUUCUUUGUUUCCCUUUUAGGAAACUAAUGGUAAAGGACCAGAACCCAGAAAUAUUGUGCAGCUGUUUUCUUUUUGUGUGGGAAUUUUAUUUAUUUAUUUGCCUUUUAAGUAUAUGCUAACUUGUAUUUUCAAGUUUCCAAUGGUGGCCUCAAUUGAUUUCAGUCAUUUCAGUAAUUUGGUGAGUUUCUUUGGAACCCGCUGAAUUUAAAUGCUCUGUAGAUAUUCUCCGUUGGUACAACCCUCAACACCGAACACGUCGCAAUAUCCUUAGCGUUACCUACUUUUCAGUCCA